GGUGACAAUCUUCACAUCUCUCCCUUAGAUCGUUCCUACAAAGGGAAGGUUCUUGCUCAUUAUCCUGAUAAUAUUCAUAACAAUGUGUUUGAUGAACAUGCAGUAUGUAUGCUCUGUUUGCCAGCUGGCUUACAAUUUAGGACACAGAAACACUCCCUAGAACCAAAAUUUCAUAGCUUUGUUGUUACAAGAGAAAAUGCAUCAAGAUAUUAUGGAUUCAGUCUCAUAUUCUAUGAAGAAGUUAGAAAUAGAAACAUAUGCAGUGCUAUGCAUACAUUGCAGGCUAUGUACAUCACUGAAUUGUCCAGUGGGCAAACACCACCAGGCCACAGGAAGAACUCUGGCAAAGAAAGUUCAAGAUCACUCCCUAGAUCAUUUAAACUUGCACCACAUACAGGAUCUGCACUCACAUAUUACGAUAUUGCCAAAGAUAAACUCUAUGUAGCCAAAAGUAUAGCUCUCAUAUGCCAAUAUCCUUUUAUAAGGGUAGCACAAUUAUUUUUAGAGAAUUUAUUUAGAUCACUACCCCGACAGCCCGGUCCUGGUUUAAGUCCUGAAUCAUAUGUAUAUAAUUUAUUGUAUGAAGUGCCUGUACCACUGCCAGGACAAGCUUUGCGUCUCUAUGUUCCCCCAUCAGAGCCACAUCUUGAUCCCAUACCUGUUGUGAUACGAAUGCCAAAUCCACCAGAAGAGUUACCACUACUUGAUUACCCAUUGCGUGCAAUGUUCAAUACUUUGGGUGUAGAGUGCAUUGUUCAAUUGUUUACUUGCGUGCUUUUAGAGCAUCAAGUGUUGCUUAGAUCAAAUGAUUACAAUAAGCUUAUGCUAGUAGCAGAAUGUAUAGUGUCAUUAUUAUUGCCAUUCUCGUGGGCUCAUGUGUAUGUGCCAAUAUUGCCAGCUCCAUUAUAUCAUUUUCUUGAUGCUCCUGUGCCUUUUGUGAUGGGUUUACACUCGGAUGGUUCAUCUAUUGUUGGUUCUGGUGGGCCGAGAAAUAUAGCCCUCGGUUCAGAAGCAGCCCUAUGUUUAGUGGAUAUUGACAAACCUGACAUUCAGCUUCCUGAAGAACUUCCAAUUCUUCCGCACAGAACACCAUUUAUUGAAGAACUGAAUCAUGUCUUAGAUAAACAUCAGGUGGAGAGGCCUGAAACAGAACCAACCAAACUUGGAGUUCCCUUGAAUGGCACUUCUUAUAAACACAUGAAUGAUGGCAUGAGCAGCAGUUGCACUUUGCCUUCAGGUGGUCUUCGUCGGAAGCACUCAUUCCACGACGUUCUAGAAUGGGAUGAAAGUCGUCCGUUGAACGCUUCACCUCCCGGCUCGCCCACACGCCGCCAUCCGCGGCGCUUGGAUGCGCUGCAAAGAAUAGUUGAUAUCGUUAAACGAACUGGGGUGAAUAUAGAUGACGUCGAUGCGGAAACAGUGAUGCCAACUACAAAGAAAAAGGUACUGAACGACGAAGAGCAGUACAACGAAGAUAUACGUUUCAAUAUAGCGAUACGAGAAACAUUCCUCAAUAGAUUUGUGCACAUGUUUCUUAUGUAUGAAAAUUUCGUCAUCAUGCCAGACCAGGAUCGGGAUUCGUGGCUGUCAUCUCGAGAAUCGAUGGUAAAUUUUGACAAAGCAUCGUUUCUCUCAGAUCAACCGCAACACCACCGGCCGUUCCUGUCACGCUUUCUAGAAACGCAAAUGUUCGCAACACUUAUAGACAACAAAAUAAUGGCAAAUUGGGGAGAAUAUGAUGUUAAUCUCCAAGUAUUCGAACAUAGGAUCAAAAUUGUAAGACGUCGGCUGGGUGAAGGGGGACUAGCGACACGCGGGUACAGCGUGUGGGCCGGCGCGGCCGCCUGCGCGAAUAGUGUGUGGAGUCCCGCCGAGUUGGAAGUGGGGGCGCCCGGGGAGAGGCUCCCGCACCGAGCCGCUUACUACCGCGCUUUCCCGGCGAGAUUAGACGCCUCAGCACUAGCGCCACCUCCCACGUCCGACCGCAGAACUAAUAGUUUAAAGCGUAUAAAGAACGCAAAAUGGCAAGUGAAAGAUUGUCCUCCGGAAUUAUUGCUCGGCGAUAUUGGGAGACGGUUGUCUACGGAAGUGACCCCAGCGGCGAUUGCACAGAACAACAGAACUUUUGUUGAAAAACUACUGAAGGAAUGUAAAAGUAAAACAAAAAGGAUGUUACUAGAAAAAAUGGGCACAGAAGAAAGCGAUCUUGGUUUAGGUGUAGAAGUAUCUAUAACAGGAGUGGAAGAAAGUACCAUGAUAGCGUCGCUGUGUGACCUCCUGGAGAGACUAUGGUCCCAUGGAUUACAACACAAAAUGGGAAAAUCGGCACUUUGGAUGCACCUUAUGAACUACCAAGAAUUGGAACAGUGCAGUAAUUCCUCUAAACCCAUUGACCCAAAUUAUCUUACUCCAGCUUUGGCUUGGUGUGUAUUGCGCAAGAGACUGGACUACUUAUCAUCUGUUGGUGCGGAAGUUGAGGCCCAGCAGAGCACAAGUAAUUCAAAUCGUUCCCGGGAUAGUUCCAGAGGUGGAUCCAGGGACAGUUCCCGAGAUCGUCUUAGUAAUUCUGGAACGCUUGAACGAAAAUCAUCACAGCCUAUAAAUCCCUUGCGACCAUUGCCAGAAAAUCUUACAUUUGAUAUGAGAAAUGUUCAAGCCAUGACUGACAUAAAAACCGAAAUAGGUUACGCACGUGCUUGGGUCAGAUUGUCACUGGAGAAAAAGUUACUAUCAAAACAUCUCCGUGAAUUGCUUUCCGAUACGACGUUACUUCGAUCUCAAUAUAAGAGGACGGCAUUUUUGCGGUGUGAGGAGGAACGAGAACAGUUCCUGUACCAUCUCUUGACAUUGAAUGCCGUCGAUUAUUUUUGUUUUACUAAUACCUACCCAACUACAAAGUUGCCGUAUCGUGUUUUAAUAGUACCAUCGCGUAAGGCGAGCCAGACGACAGCCAAUUGCUGGCUCUCGAUAUCAGGUGCUAACGGAGAAUCCACUCCUAAAAUUCCAAUUCCUCGCAAUACUAAUGAAUUCGUGUUUCAUCAUAAAAACUUGGGUGUUUUAUCAACGCUACAAAUUGGUCACGAUAAUUCCGGUUUGUCACCGCGAUGGUUGCUAGAUCACAUUUAUGUGAGGAAUGAAGUCACUGGUCACACUUAUUUGUUCCCGUGCAACCGCUGGUUCGGCACCGGCGUGGACGACGGCUCCACGGAGCGCGUGCUGGUCGCGGCGCGCUCGCACCGCGAGCGGCAGUCGCGCCACUCGGAGCACGCGCAGCUCGCGCAGGCGCACAACGCUCUGUCGCCGACCACGACGCACCUGUCCACGUCCACUAUACAGCAUAUGAUCGGUGACUGCGUAAAUGCGAUAGUGAAAUGGCAUUAUCAGUCUAAGCGGGAUAAAGACGCAAACUCACUCAGCGUGCUCUUGUGCGGUGAAAAUGGAUUGGUCAAAUGUUUGGAGCAAGCUUUUCUUUGCGGCUUUAAAUCGGCGAGACUGUUUGGAAAGAAUCUCUUCAUUUGGGACUAUUUUUCUAGAGUAAAAGACGAGUUCAAAAUGAGUUUAUGCGAUGAAGGAAAUAUGCAAGCGAAUAAAAGUUGUGGCGUAGCAUAUAACUGUAGACAAGAUCAGGAACACAGAGCUAUUUGGAGAUGCUACUGUCAUCUCAUGGAUGAAAUAAAUUCAGUAGGUCGCACCUUGGGUAAAGACGGCAAGUUCCAACUGUUUGUCUGCCUAAGUUUACGUGAGCACUGGCUUCAUAGAAUGCUUGUUCCGAUGUCGAUGACCCGCGUCACCGCCGAGAUGUAUGAAGAACAAAGCUUUCUACGCAAGCGUGGCUUACUCACAUUCCUCAGACAAAUACUCGAACCGCUGGACGAGUUCGAUAUUGUUUUGGAAAACUCUUUAACCCAAGGCAUUUAAAUAAUACACAAUGGGUAUUUCAAACAUUACAACUAAAGUUUAUAUGUGCGGUUCUAUGAAGUUUUUGAUAAAAAUCGAAAGUAGUGUCAUGUUGACCAUUGACAUUACAUAAAUGAUUAUUAAAGUUGCAUUUCCACUGCCCAUAUUGUAGCACUCGCUCUCAUUUGAUUAAUAGGAAUUUAUAUAUUGAUAUUCAGAAUUGCUAGAAAUCGUUUAGAGAUACGAAUAAAAUUCAAUAAAGUGUAGUUAAGUCGGGCUCUCAAAUAUUCCUAACAUGACAUUGUUUAUAUUUUUCUUACUCCAAGAUUAGAUUAUAUUUGUGAAUGUCGUAGAUUCGUUGGUUGAAAAGUAAUAUAGUUCGUGAGUUGGUGUCUUUCCUUUGGCGAUUCAUGUGAACUAAUAUGAUCUAAACUAAAUACUCGUUACUCGAAAUUAAAAGAUAUUCUUUUCCUGAAUACUCAUAAUAGAUUUAGUUACAUUUACUACAAUUAAACUCUAAAGUUAUUAAUGCUUAGAGAUGUUAUUUUUCAGGGUAAUUUGUUUUUGUAUAUUUUAUAGUUGUUUUUUGUUACUUGCCAUGUAUCCAAAGAUUAUUGCAUUAUAUAUUUUUUUGUUAUGGAAUGAAGUGCGUGUAGUAUUAGUGUUUAGAAAUAAUGAACCUUGAUGUGACUAGUGUUAUAAUUAUGUUUGGCGUAGUAUUAGGCACGUGUAACAAUUAGAGUUCGUUAAGUUUUAUUUUAUAUACGUUUAAAUUUAAGGCAAUUUUAAAGAAUGCCUGCCAAAUAAUCAUAUACAUAAUAUUAUAUUUAUAAGGAACUACGGUUAUAAGAUGUGAUGAACAUAACCGAUGCAAUAUAAGUUGCCUAAUGGCUGUAUGAAAAAACUCUGAAUUGCUGCAAUACUCUAACAACUACAACUGAGAAGAUGAAUUGUUGCAUUUGUCCAUGACUUUUCUGCAAAAAUUGCUGGCUUUUAAAUGGCAACUAAAACUUUUCAGUCCCUUGCACAAACGUAAGCGCAAGUCAAUGCUACAUUAAUACAGUCAAGAAGUAUGUGAAAUUAAAUUACAGGUCCGUAUUAUUGCGGAUCUGAUUAGAAAGUUAUUCUUUAUAGAUAAUAAGGAGUCUACUUGAGCUAUAAUAGUGUUUUAUAAUGCCUAGAAGUAAACACUACAAUAAAAGCAAAAAGGUACGAUUUGCUUCAGGAUAUAAUAUAUCGAAUACAUGAUGAUUCAAAUUUGGCGAAAAGAAUCCUCUAAACAUUUCUUUUAAUGAUAAAAACAAUGCAACAUAUGAGCAACCUCAGAUUUUUUGUCAAUUUAUUAUAAAAAAAAAAACAAAAUAGUAAUUUAAAAGUGUUUUUUUUUUUACAAUAUACAAUCAGUUUAAUAAAGUUUGUAAUACGAAUGUGUACGUGCGGCUUUGUGUGCUGACAGAGCCAGCCGAGACCGAUGAUUCGUUUGUGAAUUGUGGAAAUGUGUGCGUGCGUCAUUUUCGCUCUAGUAGUACUCCUAAAGUGCGCUAAUCAAAUAUAUAGUAUUGAUAUGGCGAGAAAGUAAAUUAGCUUCAUAAUUAUAAUUCUCAUAUCAUCUGAGUGUAUAUGACUUUAUAUGAACUAAUAGGUUUUGGUGUUACAUUUAUUUUAAAUAUGUUGCUGCACAAUUUAAAUAGGUAUUUGCAUAUUAUACAAUUAACAUCGAAAUGAUUAUUAUAUGACGACUAUAAUAUUAUUAAAUUCUUGGAUUAAAUCUUCGUCGUAAUACUUUCAAAAGUAUAUACGUAUUCUAAAUAUAGUUGAUGGUGUUUUGAUUAUUCAACUGAUAUUAAAUUUUAGCACACUUUUUCUAUGUAGUUACCUUAAGAGUAUGGCUAUGAUUUUACUGUGUAUAGGCAAACAUUACUGUUUAUUUUAUAAAAAAACCUUAAUAUUUAUAUGUACCGUCCUGCAAAAUUGUAAACAAUUUAUGCGACAUUGAUGACAUCCGUCUAUUCUUUAUGAUUUCUUAUAUGUGCCAAAAUGAAAUCAAAUUUCUAUCCUUUUUGUAGUUUUCGUUAUUAAAUAAGGAAUUAUCGUAAAUAAAUCCUACCCAUUUAUUAAGUACAUAAUAUAAUGUAGGAAUAUAUUUAAAUAAAUUUUAUUUUGUUUCAUAUAAAACUACCGUAACAGAAUAACCUAGGAACCUGAAAAUAUAUAUUAUC